UGUAUAUGUUUGGUAGCACGAUGAUCUCAAUCAAAAUGCAGAUUUAACUUUAAAAGGCGUGGUCGGUACGAUCAUUAAAGACUAUUUUUCGCGCCUAACACAAUCGCAACGAGUAUUAUUUGAAGCUUCGCCGUUUGGAAGAUUCUUAGGAAUGCAUGUCCCCCAUGGUGACCUCUUACUUGUGCAUUUGAUGAUGUUGCAUGAAAUAAGGUCUCAAGAAGUGUUUGAAAUGGGGAGGUUUCUUUUUGAGAUACAGGGAUGCAGUUGGAUUUUAGUGAAACUGAAUAUAUUUUGAUUUGUGGUUUAAGAGUUGGUCCUUAUGUGGAUUUACUCAAUGACGAAAGAGGCCAGUCAAAUUCAAAUAUUCGUGCUUGGUUGUUCCCAGACAUUACAGAUGCACGUUUGCGGCUGAAAGAUUUAGAAGACUACAUUAUGUCUCCGAAUUAUUUGUCACUUCUUGAUGAAGAUGUUGUAAUGCUUAUCCAACUUGGUUUUAUGUUGAAAGGUCUCCACGGACGGGACGUUAAAACGGGCAUUCCCGCGGCAGUAUACAAGCUUGCUGAUAAUAUAGAUGAUUGGAACAGGUUUGCAUGGGGUACAUAUUUUUUGACCUAUAAUUCGGGGUUGAUGCGUGGAAUGUUUGAGAAAAUAGAAAAUUUUAGAAUAUUCAAGCAGGCCAAUCCCGAAUCUAAGAAAGUACAUAAGUCUACCGUUGCCGGUUUUAUGCUUCCGUUUAAGAUAUGGAUGUUGGAGACGUUCCCAAAGGCAGCCCAGUAUUAUAUAUGCACGCCGACAAAAUGCCACGAAUGAGGUCGUGGAGAAGUAAAACACCUUUAUCUUGGGUUCAAUUUCGUCGAAUAAUCAACGUGUCUGUGCCUAACAACCAUCCUAUUGUUGUCGUGGAAAACACUACGGAGCUCAUGUUGUCGUUUUAUAUUCGCUACAUCAAUUGGACUCUUAACCAUGAAGAGUCUCCCCCACGGCAACAUAGUCCACCUAUUGUUGGCUCGCUUCCUCGAAAAAAGAAGUACAAGUCGGAAACAUCUUCAACUGAAACUGCCACAAAUGAUUCUUCCUCGCAACGGCCUAAAGUAGAAAGAACUUAUAUGUCAAGCGAAACAUCAACAAGGUCGGUAAAGAAGAAGAAGACGAUCACAAAGGCAUUGGUGAAGCGUCUAAUAGGCGUUGUGGCUAAAUUAACUUCUAAAGUAGACCGUGUAUUACAAAAAAAAGAUGAACCAGAUACAAGGUUUGGAGAGGAGGAGGACAUGGUAAAUGAAGAGGAGGAAGAAACAUAUUAUCAUGACAGUCUUUAUGCUGCUAGUACGUUGGGUUUUUGGAAAGAAUGGAAUAUGAUAUCUUCCAACCUCAACACUACACACAGGCUGCAUAUACUCCCACUGGAUGUGGAGUUUUGGUCAAGGAAUGUAGCAAAUGGUGUUGGAGGCUAUCCUAAAUGGAAGGAUGUGGAUAUGGUUCUAUUCCCCACAAACGUUGUUGGUGUCCAUUGGUUUUUGGCAGUGCUACAUUUAAAUACCGGGAAAGUACACAUUUAUGAUUCAGCACGAUCUAUGAAUUUCUUCUCAAAGUACUUGAUUGGUGGAGAACUCAGAAGUUUUGGGGAUAGUAUUAUCUCAGAGCUAGAUGUGAUUGAGUACUGGAACGAUUUCCCCGAUGGACACAAAGCCCAUGCAACUAUGGAGUUUGUUGAUAAUAUAGACGCACCACAGUAG